AAGUGGUUAAUGGUUGACGCUUUAUUAUUAUUAUUAUUAUUUGUGAAUGAUAAUUAAUUUAACUUUUACUUUCAAUUUAUAUUUUACAAUUUCAACAAGGCGGUCCUUACGGACAUUGACUGAACAUGGUAACGUAAUGACGCCGCUGUCUAAUCUCACUCUUGAGUAUUUUCGUUUUCUCUCUCGUCUGUAUAUAAGCUGCUUGGAAAUGAGACUUUAAUUCAUCAGUCGUUUUUGAUCAACAACAAUCACAUCAACUGUACUAAGUGACUUUAGUCGAUUCUCCAUAACAUUUAUAUUGUGCUUUUUUACCUGUUAUUUGCUGCCAACAAGGAAUAUCAUAACUAACAAAUAAAAAUGAACUCAAUGGUUUCAUCAGUUGUCAUUCUUGUCAUCUCCUUCUUUGCCCUUGCCUAUGCAACUGGCUAUGGAUAUGGUCAUGGCUACGGUCACGGUGGAUACGGAUCUGGAUAUGGAAGUGGAAGUGGAUACGGCCAUGGUGGAUAUGGUGGUGGAUAUGGUCAUGGAGGCUAUGGAGGUUAUGGUCAUGGAUCAGGCUACGGUAGUGGAGGCUAUGGAGGCUAUGGACACGGUGGACACGGUUACGGUUACUCAUCUCACAUCAAGCACCCAGCUAAGUACAGCCACGGUGGCUACAGCCAUGGACUUGGAGGUUAUGGUGGUGGUUAUGGUAGCGGAUAUGGUAGCGGAUAUGGUCAUGGUGGUCAUGGUGGUUAUGGUUAUGGUGGUUAUGAUGGCCACAAAUCCUACGGUGGAUACGGACAUUACCCAAGCUACGGAAAAGUAUCAUCAUACUCAUACUCUGGAUACGGAAAAUCAGCUUAAACUACUCAACGCACCGUGUUUU